AUGACAAAAAAUGCACAAGAGUGGUUAAAUACCACCUAUCAAGACAAAAAGGUUAACAAAAUAGGGUUAUAUGAGAAAAACAAGGAGGCAGGAGAAGAAUUGAUUGAUGAAUUAAUAAUUGAAGGUUACACUAAGGUUGAAGAAAUUGAUUUUAGAAGAUGGGACUUUCCUGACAAUAAGUUAACCAAAAUUGAUGUUAGUAAAAUUCCUAACCUAACUCGUUUAAAUGUCGCUCGCAAUCCAAGUCUUAUUGAAGUAGAAGGGUUAGAAAAUUUAACUAAACUAGAAUCAAUUAACUUGCUUGAUACUCCAGGACUUAAUGGCAAAAAGCCAAAAAAGAGUGAUUUUGAGGAACUUCAGGCUCAAUUAAAUAAGGUUAAAGGAUUAUUAGGUUUAAAUAAUAGUGAUAGUUUACCUAGUGUUGAUACAGAAUUACAAGCCAAGCCAGCAGCAGGAGGUUCAGGAAGUGGGGUUACUCUCAAUUCUGAACAGCAGGAGAAAUUAAACAAAUACGAUAAAUUGCGGAAAUGGGCGGAUGAAGAGGAAAAAGUGAUUGAAUUAGCGGAAGAUAUUUUAACUCAUUCAGAUGUAGCAGCAAAUAAAUUAACCGGUGUUUUAGAAAUUAAGGAUUAUCUAGAUUUAGAGGAAAUUGAACUUGACGAUAAUGAACUAGAUGAGGUUGUUUUUAUAAACUGUCCAAAAUUAAAAAAAAUUAAUUUGUCCAAAAACAAAAAAACUGGUGGCACUGGAGGAAUUAAAAAAAUAGAUCUUAACAAGUUAAAAGUUAACACUGCGAGUGAAGCGGAGGAUAAUAUUUUAGAAGAGUUAAUGGUUGGAGAAAAUGACCUUGACAAAAUUGCUCUUGCUCACUGUGUAGCUUUACAAAAACUUUACAUACAGAAAAAUCCAAAUCUUGAUGAACUAAAUGGGCUUGAAAACUUAAAAAAAACUCAGAUAUUAAACAAGGAUGGGGAUACUAAGAUUUCACCUAUUCAUUCUGACAAAUUGGAUUACUAUAAAGAGGUAGUAAAAGUGGUUAGGGAAACGGCAGGUAUAGAUGAAAAAAAUCCUUUACCAAUAGAUAGUAGCGGCAAACUUAAUAAAGAUGAGUUAAAAGACAAAAUAAAAGCAGGAGCCAAUAGCCAACUAACAAGUGAAAGAGAUGCGGCCAAACAAGAAGCCAAGGAGGCCAAAGAUAAAUUAACUGGAUUGGGGUUAGGAGAUAGUGCUGAUCAGCAGAAACUUCUUGAGGAAAUCAAAAAAUUAAAAGGCAGACCAACUUCCUCUUGUACUCACACUGACUAUGAUACAGUUAAAUCGGAAAGGGAUAAUUUAAGAACUGAUGUAGAAUCUAAAAAACGAAAAAUCUCUGAAUUAGAAAAUGGUUUCCAAAUUUCUGAUGAUCAAAAACAAAAACUUCAAAAUGCUUCCUCAGCUAAUGAUGUACAAGAAGUAAGAAGUGAAAUAAUUAAAACUGAAUUUAGUAAAUUAAAAGAUAAAAAUAGUAGUUCUACUACCCUAAGUGUUGGUUUAGGAGUGUUAGCGAUUGGUAGUUUAUUAACUUUGGGAUGGGUAUUGAUGAAACAAAAUAAUAAUUUGCCGCAAGUUGAACCAGAAAAAGAAAAAAAUAAAUAA